GGGUCCGCCCCGAGCAGCCGGCCUGGAAGCUCGUUAUUGCCGCCUGAAGGCUCCAGGGAGGAGGACGGAAUCGCCGAUGAGUCUGCCGAGCAGAGAAACCAUGCCCCUUCCCCUUUCACGGCUGUCCUGACUCUUCAGGCUAUUGCUUACCAUGGGCCUGAAAGCCAAAUCCCAGCUGCCCAUAGAGGAGACUCCUAUCAAGGUUGCAGUGCGCAUUCGCCCCUUGCUGCCCAAGGAGCGACUACACGGGUACCAGACAUGCCUGCGGAGCGACCCAGACAAGAAGGAGGUCACCUUGGGACACAACCGUCAUUUCCAGUUUGACACUGUAUUCACGGAAUCCGCAGACCAGGAGUCUGUGUAUGCUGCUUGUGUGCAGCCGCUGGUGGAGGCCUUCUUUCAGGGCUUCAAUGUUACUGUGUUUGCAUAUGGCCAGACAGGCUCAGGCAAGACCUACACCAUUGGGGAAGCAAGUGUCUCUUCCAUCAGUGAGGAUGAGCAGGGCAUAAUCCCGCGAGCCAUGGCUGAAGCCUUCAAGCUUAUGGAUGAGAAUGACCUACUUGACUACAUGGUCCGGGUCUCUUAUCUGGAAGUGUAUAAAGAAGAGUUCCGGGACCUGCUGCAGGUGGAGACAGCUAGCAAGGACAUUCAGAUCCGGGAAGAUGACAAGGGAAACAUUGUGCUGCAUGGGGUGAAGGAGACAGAAGUGGAGGGCUUGGAUGAGGUUCUCAGUCUGCUGGAAAUGGGCAACAUGGCUAAGCACACGGGGUCUACCCACAUCAACCGGAAGUCGAGUCGCUCACACUCCAUCUUCACUGUGACAAUGGAGCAGCGGCGCAGGGUCGGGCGCCUUUCGUGCUCUGCCCAUCAAGAAAAGGUCUCGAUUCCAGCUGCUGGCCAAGUCCUUGCUUCCAAAUUUCACUUCGUGGACCUGGCGGGCUCUGAGCGGGUGGUGAAGACUGGGAACACGGGCGAGAGGCUGAAGGAGAGCAUCCUGAUCAACAGUGGCCUGCUGGCCCUGGGUAACGUCAUCAGCGCUUUGGGAGACCCCCGCCGGAAAGGCAGUCACAUUCCGUACCGAGAUUCCAAAAUUACCAGGAUCCUGAAAGACUCUCUGGGUGGGAAUGCCAAGACAGCAAUGAUUGCCUGCAUCAGCCCUUCAUCCUCUGACUUUGAUGAAAGCUUGACUACCCUGAAUUAUGCCAGCCGUGCUCAGAACAUCAAGAACAGGGCCACGGUGAACUGCCGCAAGGAGAUGGAGCCUGUGGAGGAGCUGCAGGUGCAGAUAAAGAGGCUGCAGAGGCUCCUAGAGCAGCGGCACCGCUCAGAGACCCGUAUCAUCAACCGAUCAGAAGCGCCAGUCAAGCAGCGCUUGCAGGACUGGGCCCGCUUGCAUGCCGAGUGCAGCCACUACAGGAUGUGCACAGAUGCUGCAUACCAGCUGUUGAUGGAGUUGCAAGGCGAAAGCAAUCUGACAGCGGAUCAGAUCCUGCGGGUGAAAGAGUGGCUUCGUACUGUGGAAAGUGAGAGGAGCAAGCUUAGUUCGGCUUCUGGCUUAGACAGUGGGAUCGAGAGCACUUUGCCAGAAGAUCAGAACCACAAAGCAUCACGUUCCAAGUGGACCAGGCCUCAGGGGCAGGAGGAAAGCACAAAAGUGUGUGAAUCCACCCGGGAAGUGCAUGUGGCAAGGCUGGAGAGGCAAGUGGGGCGUUUAGAGGAGGAGAAUCGGGAUUUUCUGGCCGCCCUUGAAGACGCAAUGGAGCAGUACAAAUUACAGAGUGCCAAGCUGCAGGAGCAGCAAGAUAUUAUCUAUGAAUUGCACAAGUGCCUGCAAAGAGAGGUGCCCUGUGGGGGUGUUCCAGAACUGCUGCAAAAUGUCUUCCUGGUGCAGCUUGGCCAAAGGCCCCACACAGCCCCUGUGGAUACAGCACGGUCUCUGCAUUGGCUCAGGCUUGCCCAUAAUAACCACAGCAAGCCAUGCAGUGACACAGCUCGCCACAGGAAGGGCCUGUUGGGGAGCCAUCAAGGUUCCACCCUGGAGGCUAAUGAUACUGCACAGGCACUGGAGCUUGGCAAGGUCUCAGAGUGGUCAGCACAGUUGUCCUUGGAGAACGAGGAGGGACAGUGUGAGCAUGGGCAAGCGCGGUCCCUGCACCAGCGCAGAAAUGGAAUCUUUAGUUGGAGCAAAGAAGAGGUUUCAAGGAAGAGGGACAGAAGAUGGAGCAAGAGAAACCCUGCAGUGGUCCAGGGGGAGACUACAGAGCCAUCGAAAGACUGUAGGAGGCAAGAGCUGGGAGAAAGCUUUCCAGGGAAGACUUCGGAGUGGCGACUAAUUCAAGCCCACCAGAAAAUCCGUGAAUUGGCAAUCAACAUCCGCAUGAAGGAGGACCUGAUAGUGGAACUUGUCAAGACAGGCAAACAUGCGCAGACCAUGAACAAGCAGUAUUGCCAGAAAAUCCACAACUUGGAGCAGGAGGCAGAACAAGUGCGAGUGGAGUUAAGUGAUGGCCAGAAGCAGCUGCAGGAGCUGGAGGGCAAGCAGCCUCAGGAUCCUGCAGAAAAGCGGAAGCUCCAGGAAUACCGUAGCAAAGUAGAAGCAGCACAGAGCAAGGCAAAGAUUCUGCAAGAGAAAAAGCAAGCGACGGAGCGGCUAGUAUCUCUCUCAGCUCAAAAUGCAAAGCGCCUGCAGGACUUGGAGAGGAAUGUGCAGCUGAUGCGGCAGCAGCAGGGGCAGCUUCAGAGGCGUCUGCGAGAGGAGGUGGAACAGAAGCGGCGUCUAGAAACUGAGAUGCACAAAGGGCAACAUCGGGUCAAGGAGCUGGAACUAAAGCAUGAGCAGCACCAGAAGAUUCUACGUAUCAAGACCGAAGAGAUAGCAGCUUUCCAGAGGAAGCGCAGGAGUGGCAGCAACGAUUCCAUGAUCAGUCUAGAGCAACAACAGAAAAUUGAAGAGCGGAAGAAGUGGCUGGAUCUUGAGAUGGAUCAGGUUCUUGAGCAGCGCCGUGCCUUGGGUGAGCUGGAAGAUGAGCUGAUGAAACGGGAGGCGAUUGUAGCAAAAAAGGAAGCUCUCCUUCAGGAGAAGAAUGGCCUUGAAAAUAAGAGACUCCGCUCUAGCCAGGCUCUGAAUGAUGACAUCAUGCAGGUAUCCAGCCGUCUAGAGUACCUGGAGAAAGAACUGACGCAGAAGAAUGGGCAGCUUUGCUCCAGCAGUGUGCAUGAUCAGCAGCAGAUCCGGCAAGAAAUUAGCAAUUUGCGGCAAGAGAAGGACCAGUUGCUAAAACAAAGGCUGGAGAUAGACAACAAGCUACGCCAGGGCACCUUGCUGUCUCCAGAGGAGGAACGGAUCCUCUUCCAGUUAGAUGAGGCCAUAGAAGCUCUAGAUGCUGCCAUCGAAUACAAAAAUGAGUCGAUCACUUGCCGACAGCGUGUGCUGAGGUCAUCUGCUAGCCUCCUGUCCCAGUGUGAGAUGAAUCUCAUGGCCAAACUCAGCUACCUCUCUUCCUCUGAGACCCGUGCAUUGCUCUGCAAAUACUUUGAUAAGGUCGUGACUCUGCGGGAGGAGCAGCACAGGCAGCACAUCGCUUUCUCAGAACUGGAACUGCAGCUUGAGGAGCAGCUCCAGCUGGUGUUCUGGCUAGAAGUUGCAUUGGAGCGCCAGCGCUUAGAGAUGGACCGGCAGCUGACUCUGCAGCAGAAAGAGCACGAACAGAAUAUUCAACUUCUGCUCCAACAGAGCCGGGAGCACAUGGAAGAGGGACAGGCAAGCAGCCUGGUUCAAUACCAAGGAAGGAUCCAAGCACUGGAAAAGGAAUUGGCCCAUUAUAAAUGGGUAAAUCAAGAGCUGAAGCAGAAGCUAAGCACCAGCCACUUGGAGGGACGCAGCAGAGGUAUGGAAAAACCGACACAUGCAGCUGGAGAGAGACCUGGCUCACUUAAGAUGCACAAUGUCUUAAAUACUAAUGGCACGCUGGAGCAGAUAGAGGUCUCUGAAAGAAAUGUUCGGAAUGGGGAGGAACCCCGGGAUUUGGUGCAUGCAGCCUUGCCAUCCACCUGGAAGCGCUCUUCACUGUCUGGUACAAACACCUUGGUGCCAGAAGACCCUCGUCAGAAGGAAGUGGAUUUUCCAACCAGAGCAGGUCUGGUCAAGGAAACAUCCCUGCCACUGACUAUAGCUCCCCUUUUGAAAUCUCGUAAGGAACUGCACAGGGCUGGCUUGAACCUCGUUCCUGGAAUGUCUUGUCCUGAAAUCAUUGAUGUCAGGAAAAACCCACUCUAGGCCUGAAUAAGUCGGUAGUGGGUAUUGCCUACAGGACAUAUGUGUUAAUGCAAGACCACUGCAGAUAAUAAUGGCUGGCUGCUUAACCUAAGGUGCUAAUGUACUUCUAGAGCUAACAAGACUUGUAGGAAUUGCUUUGGCUUUAGUUUUAAUUUUUCUACAUCUGCCUAUUGUGUGAUGGAGGGGGGGACCAAAACCAAGCACGUCAGCCAUUUCCCCUCUUCCAUUCCUGUACCUCUCACAGGAAAGACCACUACCUCUGACAAAAAGGCCACCUUCCUUUGGAAGGUGCAAAACAAUUUGGACUGUUACAUGAAAUUACAGGAAGACAUGUACAUAAAAUAUGCUUUUUAUAAUGUAACUUCUAAUAAACCAGAACAAGUUUUGA